UAUUACGUGUGUUCAGUGUUGUGUUUUUCUUUUUCGUUCGUGUUCUAUUUACAUUAUUAUUUUUACAAAUAAAAUUUUGUGUUUAUUACAUUUUAUAUAUUUUUGAAAUAUAAAAUAUUAUACUAAAUUAUUUCGGUGUUGUGUUAUGUGACAACGGAGUCAUGUAGUUUGAUCGUUCAGUGUAUUGUGUGUUAGUUUCUACAAUGAUUUCACUAUUCGCUUGAAAAAGUCGAAACCAGUCUCCGGUGUUUAUAUGUAGUGUACUCGUGACUAAAAGUAACAUUGAAAAUGCAAGAAGAUAUGAUUUAUCCUGCUGGCUGCCGUCCCGUGACAGAUGAUCUUGGUCCAGACGAACUUAUUCGGCGACUAAAAACAUUAGCCCAUACUCUUCAAGCCAUGGGCCAGGACGAAGGCAUGUAUCAACAGUACAUACCGUUAACGUUACAUUUGGCAGAAGACUAUUUUCUCAAACAUGCCAGCAAAGACGUUCAGCUUUUAAUUGCUUGUUGUAUUGCUGAUGUUCUUAGAGUUUAUGCCCCUGAAGCUCCUUACAAAGAUCCAGAACAAGUGAAGGGUAUAUUUAUGUUCCUAAUCAAACAACUUGGUGGUUUAAAAGAUCCUAAAGAUCCGGCCUUCAAACGCUAUUUUUAUCUUUUGGAAAAUUUAGCCUAUGUAAAAUCUUUUAACAUGUGCUUUGAACUUGAGGAUUGUCAAGAAAUAUUUUGCAAACUAUUCUCACUCAUGUUUAAAAUUGUCAAUGAUGAACACUCUACCAAAGUAAAAUCAUUCAUGUUAGAUAUAUUAUGUCCUCUUAUUUGUGAAUCUGAUAUGGUCUCUAGUGAACUUCUCGAUAUAAUUUUAAUCAAUAUUGUGGAGCCUAAUAAAUCUCAACGGAAAAACGCUUAUUCAUUGGCUAAAGACCUUAUUCUUAAAUGCUCGGACACCUUAGAACCUUAUAUUCAAUCGUUCUUUAAUCAUGUUCUGAUACUUGGCAAAAAUGAAAAAAAUCUUGCUAUAAGUACUAAAACUUAUGAUCUCAUAUAUGAAUUGAAUAGGAUUAGUCCGUCUGUAUUGUUAGCAGUUUUACCGCAACUUGAAUGCAAGCUUAAGUCCACAGUAGAACAAGAACGACACGGUACAGUCUCACUUUUAGCAAGGAUGUUUUCUGAAAAAGAUUCAAAUCUCGCUCGCCAUCACAACGUUUUGUGGCAAGCGUUUCUUAGUAGAUUUAAUGAUAUUUCCGUAAGCAUUAGAAUCAAGUGCGUUCAAUAUGCUAUGCAUUUGCUGUUAAACCAACCAGAACUUCGCCAAGACCUAACAGAAGCAUUACGUUUAAGAAGUUCAGAUAGCGACAUGAACGUAAGGCAUGAAACCGUAUUGGCUAUUGUGUCAACAGCUAAACAUGACUUUGAACCUAUUGCCGAUAACGAAGAACUACUUUCAGUUGUUAAACAACGAAUGUGUGAUAAAAAGUAUAAAAUUAGAAAAGAAGCUACUUCGGGUCUUGCGUUUAUUUAUAAAACAUAUUUGAACGAUCCAGAUAUUCCACAAGCCACUAAAAAAGCUUUUACUUGGAUCAAGGAUAAAAUAUUACAUGGUUAUUACAGAACUUGUGUAGACGAUAAGUCGUUAGUAGAACGACUUGUCAAUACAUCUUUAGUACCAUAUCAACUUCCACCCGAAGAAAGAAUGAAAAGGCUCUAUCAUUUGUAUGGAACUAUCGACGAUUACGCCAAAAAAGCAUUUAUGGAAAUCCAAAAAACUCAACUCCUAAUUCGUUCUCAUUUAAAAGAUUUUCUGGACUUACACAAGAAAGAAGAUAGUCCUCAAAAAGAAAAAGAAAUUCAAGCGAGUAUCAAGUUAUUAACUCGCUAUUUACCCGAAUCAGUGAAAGCAGCAGAAUUCAUUAGCAAAUUUUCACUACAUUUAAUGAAAGACGCUAAACUGCUUAGUUCUUUGGAUGUAAUUGCCAAACAAAAUUCAAGUACUACUGAAAUAUCAGAAGCUACUAAUUCAGUGUUGAGGAAACUCGGUCAACCCGUUAUGACAAAUCUUUACUACAAUACAGUGAAAGGCCUGUUAGAACGAGCAUCGUCUGUCAUGAUAGAUUCUCAGGCUUUGAAGGCUUUAUUUAACCAUGUGGAAAAUUGCUUGAGUGGCGGAAACAUGAUAGAAGAAUUGGGUCUGCAUCCUGGAACUGCUGGAUAUAAAGGACUGGAACUUCUGAAUGUUUUGUCAAAUACGUUUGCCUGCCAUUUUUAUCAUCCUGAUAUUUUAGACAAGUUAUUGGAUCUAUUACAUCACGAAGAUGACUAUAUCGCUCCUCAAGUUCUUACCAUGCUUACUACAAUUGGAAAAUAUAGUGCAUUAGGCGAUUCUUAUCCUGAAUUUACCGAAAAACUUGUACCAAUAUGUAAGAAAUUGGCAACUACCGGGACGUCUAAGCAAGCUAAAGGCGCUAUUCGAUGUUUGUUUGUCAAUGUCUACAAAUCGAAUAAAGACGUAUUUGAUGAUAUAAUUGAGAAAACUAAAUUAAAUUUAGAACCUGAUUCUGAAUAUUACGAAACUGCCAUAGUUGCGCUUGGGCAUCUUGCAAUAAAUUUGGCAGAAAAAUAUAGUGUUCAAUUCAAAAAUUUAAUAUCUCGAAAGAUUGUUAAAGAAUUAUUAGUCAAAGUUUCAACCAAAAGCGAUAUCUAUAAUGCAGACGCCGAUUGGUGUUCUGAAGAAAUGCUGCCAAAAGGGACUAAAUGUAGAGCUGAGGGUAUGAAAGCUAUGGCUAGAUGGCUGAUAGGUUUAAAAAACGACAAAGUGUCUGCUCAAAAGACUUUUAGAAUGUUCAAUGCUUUUCUCUCUCAAAAGGGAGAUCUUACACAAUCAGGAAUUUUAACCAAAUCUGAAUUAGCUUGGUUACGAUUACAAGCUGGAUGUUCGAUGUUGAAAAUUUGUGAACAAAAAGGUGUGGGUGAUCAAUAUACUGCUGAACAGUUCUUUUUACUCUCGAGGCUUAUGAUGGACGAAGUUAUACAAGUUAGAGAAAUUUUCGCUGCUAAACUUCACAAAGGUUUAGGUCGUGGUUUACCUUUCAAAUGUCUCCCCUUAGAUUUUAUGGGAAUGUAUGCUCUUGCUGGUUUAGAGACCGAUGAACGUUUAAGAAGUAAGAUUUAUGAUUACGUUUUAAAAGAUAUAAACAGAAGACGAGAGUAUGCUCGGAAUUUGACCCAAGGAUCAACUACAUGUUCUAUUGAUAAAGCCGUAGCACAAUUGCCUCAUAUAUUACCCGAUUACAUGUUGUUGUUUGCUAUAUCCAUUUUAACUCAUUCGCCGGUGUACAAAGAUAAUAAAGACGAAGAGAGUUUGACAUUAAUGCAACAGUGUCUGUGGUUCAUACUAGAACCGUUAAUUACGAAAAACGACUCUUAUAAUUUUGGGUUUUACAAAGAGAUGUUGGAGAGGGUCAAAAAUUAUGUAGAUGCUGUAGAACCAACUAAUGAGACUGUCAAUGCGAAAAUGUGGGCUCUUUGCGAUUUAGCGAUGAGUGUGUUAGUUGUACACACGAGUACAUUUGAAACUGCCCCGUUCUCAGAAAUUAGAAUAUCGGCAAUGUUUUUCAAACGCCACGAAGACCCAAUGUUUGUGAACGUCAAAGUUUAUCUACCUGAAAAGUUCCAAAUAAAACAAGUAAAUAAUAAUGGUAAGAAAACCGGACUAUCGGCAGCAUUGAGGACUACAAAGACACGAGCUCAAAAGCAUACUAUUCAAACUAACCGGGCUAACGAUACCAAAGUGCAUAGUGACGUAACCAUGUUAGACAUGUCAGAAGAUAGAGAAGAUGAGGAAGACAAUGUUAUAGAACCAAAGCGCAGACGAACUACACGUAACAAUAAUUUUGGAUGAACGUUCAUGGUGUGGUGACUCAUUAUUAUUAUUUUUUUUUUUGAGAAGAUGAAAAAAUAUAUAUAUUCAAAAUCAUCAGCGCAAACGAACAACGCUACAAUUAUUUUGGAUAACUUUAGUACCUUAAAUACAGACCUGUAAUUUAAAUUGUUUUAUAGUAAUACCUGUUAAUAUUUAUUUAUUUUGUUAAUAUUUGUAUUUUAUUUUUUUAAUUUAUAACUCAGUAUCACCUCUUUAGUGUAUAAGUAUUUAAUUUUAAGUGACAUUUCGAUAUUAGCCUUAUAUUCAACAUAAUAUUUUAUGAAUUUUACAUAUUAUAUUUUUCUUCAUAUCAA